AACUACGGCCAUUUUUGAUGAAAUAUUAAAUUAUCGCUAUAAAAACAAUAAAAUUUGUUACGAUACAGUGUAAACGUGGUUUAUGGUCAGAAAUAUGUGAUUUUUGUAAUAAAAUGAAGUUUCUCGCUUGCUUUUUCAUAUUUUGGACUUUUGAAUACGCACAAUCAUUGAAUCCAAGAAGCGUGAAUGUUGCUUUGGAGACAGUUCUAGAAUUCGAUGGUAAGCACAGCUAUCGCGACGUGAAGGCCAUAGACAAAUUACAGAGCUACUUGACCAAAAUCAAAUCGAUUUUAGGCGACAAUGAUCCAAGCAGGCGCCAUUUUAAAGAAGGCUUCAAAUUCAGAGAUUUCCUCAAGAUUUUCCUACAAACCCUCUCGACUUACGAUGACAAUGACUUGCUAGACGUAGUAGCCAUUGCUAACAGUGAAAUAAGAAAGUACCAUUAUAAAGGCUGCAAAUUUUAUGAAUUAGUCGAGAAUCAGGUUUUAAGACGAGACAUGGCUGAAAAAUUGAUUAACCUAAACGAUCUGACAGCAAAGGAACUGAGGACUGAAAUAACUAAAGCUGUUAACGCCAUUGAUAAAGAUGAUAUGACUGAAAGAAAGAAGAAAAUGCUAGAUUAUCUAGACUCUGUGUACGUCGGUGAUGAAGUGAAAGGGAAAAUGCAGCAGUUUUUAACAGAGCUCAAUCAAUUUAAACAGAGAAGCAAAAGAGCUACAUUAAACCUAGUAAAAGUAAUAAAAUAUGGUUUGAGGUCUGUCGUGUUUGAUCACUACUCAAAUUUGAACACCAACGCUAGGAGGGAAUUGAAAAACAGAUUAGAAUUAAUUUGGCUAGACCUCAAAAAGGUAGGUGACGUGUGGAACAUAAGUCAUAUGGAAGAUCAACCCGUUGAGAAUACAAUAAGUAUGGAUAUGUGGAAGACUGUUACAACAAUAAUGCCAUCGGCGACAGACGAAGACGUUGAUACUGAGUACUCUAAGAGAUAUAGGAUUAAAAAUAAAAAGGCAAAAGUAAAGAAGAGAAAGAGUAAGAUAGUGAGAAGUAUAAAAAAGUUAUCAUCAUUACUACAGGUUCCAGAUAACAUCCCCACAUCGCAGUACGCACAAGUAACAGAGCCAAAGAAGCGCAAGAAAAUAACAACAACAACACCGAAACCAAUGGCAGAAAAGGACACUUCUUCAUCAGAAGCAAUAUCCCUUGAAGUCACACUAUCGGCUGCGAUCAUAUCACUUACAACCACACCAUCAACAGAAGUCUCACCGUCGGCUGAAGUAACCGUAUCAGCUGAAGUUACACCAUCAGCAGAAGUCGUAACACGAUCAGCUGAAGUCAUAACGCGGUCAGCUGAAGUCGUAACACCAUCAGAUGAAGUAACACCGUCAGCGGAGGUCACACCAUCGGUUGAAGUUAAACCUACAGAAGCCACUACAACGGCCGAAGUCACACAUACGGCAGAAGAUGCAUCAACUGAAGGUACAACCACAGCAGAAGCCACAACGACGACAAAGCGCAUGACCACAAAAAAACUGAAGAAACAUGACGCGCUCAGAAAGGGUAAGAAGAAAAUGAGAAUGACGACAAGUAGUACUACUGUAGUAGCGAAGAACUCGCUAGAAGAUGUAGAAGCUGAAGCGAGCAAGCUGGCCAAAGGAAAACAUUCUGUGGAAGUACAUAAGAAAAGAUCAACUAAGAAACAUAAAAGGAGGCACAAGCACAAAAAAUCAAAGAAAAAAAGACGAACACAUAGACAUCGAAAGGAUACAGUAAAACCACAUUUAAAAACUCGUACCAAGAAACAUAAAUUAGAGCCGGUUCAUUCAGAAUCUGAUGAAAUUGAUACUACAGAAACAACAACAACAAUAAGUAAAGCCACAAGUAAAACUUCAAGUAAAGCUACGAGUAAAUCUAUAAGGAAAAACAAUAUCGAUGACAAAUUUAAAGAUACCAACGAUACUAUGAAAGCAAUUGGAGGAGAUAAAAAAACAACACCAAACAUGGUACACAAAAUUGACAAAAUAGAAAAAGUUCUAGAUGAAAUCAAACACAUGGUAAUAAACGCUACUAAGAACAAAGACAAAAACGUAACAGAAAUAAUAACUGAGAUAGGUGUAACCGAAUCUCCGGAUAAAAAGAAGGAUGUUGAUAGAGAAAAGACUGAAGUACACGGCAGAAAAAAUCUGAUUGAAGACAGAGAACAUGAUUUAGAAGGAACAGACCAUCCGGAUCAAAAAACAAAGAGAACUAGACGAAUAAUAAUGAUUGAAGAGCAAAAAGCUAGAUCUACACAAAUGUCAACUCCCACUACAGAUGUAGAUCGGACAUCUAAAGACACCGACACAAAUUCAACACAGGACGUGGAUGACAUAAUUAUAACUAGAAGUUACACAGAUACAUUUGUAAAAAAAACAAAAGAUAUAUCAGUCUCAACAAGCAAUCAAAAGAAAUCAACGAUUAACGAGACUACAACAAAAUUAACACCAACUGCAAAUUUUAAAUCUAAUAAUACUGAAGAUAAAAUUAUGUCUACACAUAGGGAGCAAAUUGAAAACAUGAUAAAUGAAACUCGAAGAGAUAACAUCGAUAAUAUUAUUGGUAGACACGAUGAGGAAAAUAAGGAUAUGAAUGAACGAAUCGAAAAGAAAAUCGAUGGACACAUGAGUCGCCUGUUUUCAAUCACAGCCAAACUUAAUAGUUCUAAACCUUUCGAUUUUAAUAUAGAAGAUCCAUUCGAAAUCAACAUGAAGGAAGAUUUGAAUGAUGAUGAUCCUGUCUUUUAAAUAAAUGUUGGAUAUAUAUAUUUUACUGAUAACAAAAAUGUGUUUUUAAUAU